AUGAGACAGACACUACCACAGCUAAGAACAGAGGUGAAGGGAGGGACUCAAGCGCUCUGUCGGCAUACAGUCACGACGCCCAACGUUGGCGCCGGCGCUAAGCACACCGAGACGGCGGGCACCGACGUGCAGAGCAACGGGGCCGCGGUCGAACGGAACGAGAUCAAUGUGGUUGAUGCCGUCGAUAGAGACACCAUACUUGUCACCGAGUGGAUAGCUAUACGCUUCUUGACAACUGAGGAGGCCGUGCAGGACGUCACGUUCCGAGCUGACUUUGUCGGGAACGGCUGGCUGGACGAGUCCGUAGACGAGCAUCUCAAGGGCCUGGAGCAGCAUGGCAAGGAUGGCGCUGUCGCCGUAGCUCUCUUGGCCAACUGCAGCUAUGGCGGGGCGCUGUUUGCCAUCCACAGCGCCCUGAUGUUGUCGAGACGAAGCUAA